UGCUCGUCGCUCUUCCUGCCUUUGCUGAGGGAGCGGACGGUGCUGACGGCUGGGAGGACGACAGGAGAGACGAGAAAGCUUUCUAGGAAGACCAGAGAGUGGGAAACGGCCCCCGGGUUUCCACCGUCCGUCGGGAAAACAAACACCUGCAAUACUUCUUGUAGCUGCUGGAUUUGUCACCUCAACGGCGCUGAAAAAUGUCGACCAGUCGUCAGCUUAGCGAGUGCAGGGCCAUCCCGACCAGGACGGUGUUGAUCAACGACACAACGCAGCUACCUCAUGACUACUGUACCACCCCUGGAGGCACUUUAUUCUCCACCACACCCGGAGGAACCCGGAUCAUCUAUGAUCGUAAGUUCCUACUGGACCGGCGUAACUCUCCCAUCGCCCAGACUCAUCCAGCUCACCUGCCUGUCAUCCCUGGGGUGACCAGCCAAAAUGUCCUGAGAGAGAACAAGAAGAAUGAAGCCAACAACCGCAUCAACAACCAUGAUGGCAAGACCACAACCGGUGAUGAUGCUCAGUUUGAAAUGGACAUCUAACCGACUGGAACCGCACCAGCAAAAGCAAAUGACCUGGCAUCCCGUGUGCCAGUGGCUUGGCUUGUAGAAACCAAUGUUGUGAGCCCUCAUGGCAGCCAUCUUCUUUAGCGCUCUGUCUCGCUGCUGACUGUAAUGUGUGUAAACCAUGGGGAUUCAGUGUAUCAUACAUACAAACCACACAAUGAGGGAGCCGGCCUGAAGAUUCUGUAGCCAGACACUUUGUCCAAUUAGCAGAUUGCAGUGCUCAUCUUCCAGCUUUCUGAGAGUCGGGAUCUUUAACAGAGCACACGAUACAACUGAGAAUAUCCCACGUAAAUUGGGAGGGGAAGCACUGGCCUUAGAAUCAGUCAAAAUCUUUGAUAUUCAUCGCAGUCUUUGGUUUUGUUUUGAAGGCCCUUGUAAGCAUGCUAUUUAAGUGAUUUUUUUAAUUUUUUUUUUUAUGUCUCUUUGCUUUUCUGAACUACUUGAAAAGCUCCACAAUCUAUUACCGGUUGUUUGGUCUGAUAAGCUUCCUGUGAUGGUAUGCAAAGGGAUGCUGCUCUUGUUUUUAUUUAGCAAUUAGGUGAAGAUGCCAUUCCAAUGCUUCAAUUUCCAUUCCCAACACAAGCCUCUGCGAGUUUCCAAAAACUUUUAAAAAAUGAAUUUUAGGCAGUGACUUUGUCGUGAAUUAACUUUCAGAACAGUAAAACAAUGAAGCCAUUCAAUCAUCACUAAUGUGACCUUCCUAGUAUUGUUUGUGCACAUUCCUCCUGCUGAGAAAAGUCAAUACACUUUGUCUCCAGCUUUGCAGAAGCUUUUUGUUCACAAUUUGAUCGUUCUAAGAAAGGAGGUUUUACUCUGCAACAUCUGGCAGGUGUUUUUUUGAAUAUCUAGACCAGAUAAACAUUUAGAUUAACGUGGAAAUGGUUGAUAUCACAAUGGCAAUUUUUGGGGUGAAAAGCUAGAUUUUUGAAACACAAAAUAUCCAGAUGUUUUAUAUGCAUUUUAUUUUUUUAUUUAGUUUCUUAGUAUUGGGGGGUAUUUGUUUGGGUGUCAGCACUGUGAAGCCUUUGAAUGAAGUGUCAGAGAACCAGAAGACAUUGUUUGCAUCAGGCUUGAUCAUCUACAGCACAGAUCUGUCCCCAGUGUCCUUAACAUUAUUCCUUCCAUGUGUCCUGUCUGUCCAUGCCUUACUUUACAUCAAAUGCAGACACUACAAUUAGGUUCCUAGUCAUCAAUUUGUACUUUCCAACAGAUGUUUAUUUUUUCACUGGAACAUUGAACAGGUAACAUUGUUCUUGGCAAUUUGGCAAAACAAAUGUGUUUUUAUGUUGUUGUUUUUUAUUUUUUUUAAUCAUAAUCAUAGUCAUGUCUGUUAAUUGUACCGUGUCCAAGUAGCAGUUCUUUACUUGGACAAUACAUCACCAGGAGUACAAUGGCUGAAAUGAUGUCUAUCAAAGGUUUUCUUUUUUUCUUUUUGGCUUUCUAUUUAAUUCUGGCCAUGUUUGGUGACAAAUACAUUCAGGGGUCGCUUGAACCCAAUUUGCAUUGAAUAUUUUUGGCGGUAAAACUUUGUAGAACAACAUCAUAAUUCAGAUUGCAGAUUUACUUCAAAUCAGUUUGGUUUUGACAAUGAGGGCUGAACAUUGUGUGUUGAAGGAGAUUUGAAACAAAACUUACUGUAACUUUCCGCUCUUAUUUUAAGUAUAACUUUAUUUUAAAUGAAACUCCAAUGCCAGUGAACUCUGUUGCUGCAAGAUCAAUAAAGUUCCGUAACCAAAAAAA